AUGUCAAAUUCAGAUGUAAAUAACUCUCGUCUAACAUUAAUGAAUACUAAUUCUUCAUCUUCAUCAAUAAUUAAUUCAACACCAACAUCACCAUCAACCAGUUCAAUAUGUUCUACGUCAACAUCACCUUUAUCAAUAACAACAAGAAGAAUUGUUAAAGCUAAGCGUAGUUUAGUAUGGAGAUAUUUCAAGAAUAUGAAAGAUGAUGUGUUAAAUAUUGAAUGUGUGUUAUGUUCAAGUGUUAUUACUCGUAAAUCAACCUCAACGUCCAAUUUAUUACAUCACAUACAAACACAACACAAUGUCGAGUAUCAACAUUUGAAUAAAGUUAUGAAAUCACACACUCAAACUUCUGAUUCAACAACAAGAUUACCAUUAACAAGUGAUCGAUCUAUUCAUUUAACUAAAUUAAUUGCUGAUUUUAUUAUUUACAACUUUCUUUCUUUAUCAAUAGUUGAAAGUCCUCAUUUACAAGCAAUUCUUGCAGAAAUUGAACCAUCAUAUAUAAUUCCUGGACGAAAAUAUUUUACUAAUAAUGUUUUACAAGAAAUGUGUAAUGAAGUUCGACAGAAAGUUUAUGAAGAAUUACAACAAGCACCUGAAACAAAAGAAUUUAAGGGAAAUCAUACAGCUGAACGUAUUGUAGAACGUUUAGAAAGUAUUUGUGAUAAAUGGUCAAUUAAUGAUAAAAUUAUUUGUUUAGUAUCUGAUACUUGUCCCACUAUGAGAAAAGUAGGAGUUGAAUUUGGAAAAGAACCUUUUGAAGCAGCUACACGAAUACUUACAUCUGAUUCAUCACCAACGUUAUCGAUUGUUUUACCUAUUGUUACAACUUUAAUUACCAGUCUUGAAGAUCGAUCUACUGAUUCUUCUUUCAUGAAAAAAAUAAAAGAUGCUUUUUGUGGUAGUAUUCAGGAACAAUUUAACCCNCUUGUUUUCAAAGUGGAAAAUUUGACCGUUUCAAAAUUGAUUAAAAUUUCCAAAUCCUGCGAUCAUAAUCGAAGUAAUAAAUCCGAUUAUUCUGCAACAAAAUCACGAUUAUAA